AUGUCUCUGUACCUGUCUCUUGAAGACUUGAAAGUAGACAAAGCAAUCCAGGCUCAAACUGCUUUACUGUCCAAAGCUUCUGCUCCCAUCUCUCAAGAUGCAAGUCUUUAUCCUAAAUUAUUUACGGAACUCUCUUAGUACAUGGACCUUUGUUUAAAUGAAGAAGAAAUAAGUGCAAAUAUUGCUAUACUCCCUGAGGCACCAAUGCAGGGGCAGUUGGUAGUAAGACCUUACAGUAUGAACUAUAUGGUGGUUCCUGUAACUGGUAAUGAUGUAGGAAUUCAAAGAGCAGAAAUUAAGCAAGGAAUUUGUGAAGUCAUUUUGUAUAAGGACCAAGAUGGGAAAAUUGGACUCAGGGUUAAGUCAAUAGAUAAUGAUAUAUUUGUUCAGCUAGUCCAAGCAAAUUCUCCAGCCUCAUUGGUUGGUCUGAGAUUUAGUGACCAAAUACUUCUGAUCAAUGGGGGAAACUGUGCAGGCUGGAAUUCUGAUAAAGCACACAAGGUGCUCAAAUGGGCUUUUGGAGAGAAGAUAACUAUGACUAUUUGUGAUAGACCCUUUGAACGUACAAUUACCAUGCAUAAGGACAGUGCUGGAUAUGUUGGCUUUAUCUUUAAAAAUGGGAAAUUAACACCCAUAGUGAAAGACAGUUCUGCAGUCAGAAACAGUCUUCUCACAGAGCAUAACAUUUGUGAAAUCAAUGGACAGAAUGUCAAUGGGCCGAAGGACUCUCAAAUUGCCAACAUACUGUCAACAUCUGGAACUGUCAUUGCUAUCACAAUCAUGCCUGCUUUUAUCUUUGAACGUAUUAUUAAACGGAUGGCCCCAAGCAUUAGGAAAAGCCUAAUGGAUCAUGUCAUUUGUGAGGUUUAUAUCAUGCCGGGAUUGUUAAUGUGGGUUCCCUCGCUGACCCCUCGCUGGGCGAGCUGUGUCUCAGAUUUCCGGGGCACCCCGUCCAGCUAUGAGCUCCCUAGGCCACUCGAGGUGCCAACUGUAGAGCGCUGCGUCUGCUUUGACGCUUGGAUGCAGCUUCCCAGCUUGCAUCGGAUGCGCGCGGGCCUGAAAGGAUAUUUUCUGCACAGUCUCAGCAGCCCCCCCAAAGCCGGGAGGGUCGUGGCCAGGGCGGAGGGCGCGGGGACAGCGUUGCGCCGGCCCCGCCUUUCCCUUCGGUGCCGGCAGCCGGAGGCGGGGCCCGCGCACGCGUGCACCUCUCGGAGCGGGGCGCUCGGGGCCGUGCGCGGCGGGGAGCGGGGCGCGGGGCGCGGGAGCCGGGAGCGCGCCGCCUGCGCCGCGGGUGGGUCAGACAGAGCCGCUGUGCGCGAUCGCCGUGGCGGACCGGCGAGCCCGGAGCGACGCGUGCGAGGAGGGGAUGCGAUCGGCCGGGACCCCUCCAGUGCCGGUGACCUGAGCGCCAAGAGCGAGCGAGGGCGAGUUGGCAGCGGUGGCGACGGCGAGCCCCGCGGGUGCUGGGCGGCCGGGGGUGCGGGGGAGCGGCGCGGGAGCGCGGGGUGCAGACCGGGUGGGGCCGGGGGACCGUGA